AUGAAGCCUUGUGCUACUAUCCCAAGAGAAAAUGUUAUAGACGUGUCAUCCUCCGACUGCAGCAGCACAAAUGACGAAAAUACCCUUUCGUGUGCUGAUUCCCAAAAACAGUUAGUAAUUUACGAACCUUCUAAUGGAGGCGAAAUUGAAGUAAUCCCAAAUCCGAUUUCAUAUAAACCUCAAUCAUUUCAAAGGGUAUUACCGUCCAUAGGUGCUUUCACUGCUCAAUGUGCCAACUGUUUUAAAUGGAGACUUAUCCCAAGCCUGGAGAAAUAUCAAGAAAUCCGGGAACAUAUUACCAAAAAGCCCUUCGUGUGUGAAAAUGCUCAUGAGUGGCGUGCUGAUGUGUCAUGUAAUGAUCCUGCUGAUAUUGAACAAGAUGGAAGCAGACUUUGGGCUAUUGACAAGCCCAACAUUGCUCAGCCUCCGCCAGGGUGGCAGAGGGAGUUGAGAAUCAGAGGUGAAGGAAGCACAAAGUUUGCUGAUGUAUAUUAUACAUCCCCAACAGGUGUUACACUGCGUUCAAUACCCGAUAUAGAAAAGUUCUUGUUUAAACAUCCGGAAUACAUUGAACAAGGGGUUACAAUAUCACAGUUUUCAUUUCAGAUUCCAAAACCAUUACAGGAGAAUUAUGUAAGAAAACGUCCUUCACGUGCAUCAUCAGUAGCUUUGCAAGAUGAUAAUCCGUAUCUUGAACCUUCCCCAGGUAAACCGAUGUCAUUACUAGGUCCAGAGCAGGACACAAGUUUAGAGCUUGAUUUGCUUCCAUAUCCGCGUGUAAAGAAGGCAAGGAGUGCACCAAGAAAACGGAUACACAAUUUCGACUUGAUGUUUAGACAUACGUAGGUUUUGGUAAUUACAAAGAAGCAAAUAUUAGAAUUAAAUCCCACAUAAUUUUCAACUUUUUUUCUUUUUCUUGUGGUGGUAGCAAACUUUGAGCUCCGAAAGCGGGUUCUUUUUUAGGGUUUUGGGAAUAUUGGCAAGUAUAUAUUACUAAUUUAGUACUAUAAGAUGGUUUAGUUGUGUGUGUUACUACUCUUGCAUAUAGUUUGGUUGUUCUUGGGUGAUUUUGUAAUGUUUGUGUUUGUUUCAUGGGACAAGACUCGUUGGACAAGCUUUCUAGGGUUAUUUUCAAUGUUGAGGAUGAGAAGGGGGUUCAUGUCUUUUGGACAAAGUAGAGAUCAAAAACGUGUCCUUGUUCCACCUUUUUGAUGGGAGAAAAAAUUGCAAUGUUUGUAAUAUUGUAACAAAUAAACUCACACAAUUUGUUUUGUUUUGUCAUAUGUAACAAAAUGUUGCAAACGAUGUCCCAUGAUAUAAAUCCCAUUAAUAUCAAGC